AAGGUGAUCAGAAGAGUCAAAGUUUUAGCACAGAGAGCAGCUCCAAGGAUGCUGACACAUUCAAUUUGUUCUCUAAAUCUUGUGCAUCUCCUGUUCAAGACAGGAAAGAACCGGGCAAGUCCAUCUGUUCUUACCCCAAAAGUGAAGACAUGGCCGUGGAAACAGUUCCCAGAUCCAAGUUUAACUCGCUUCAGAAAUUAAACUCCUUCACAUCUGACAUAUCAGGAGGAAAUGAUCAUCAUCCAAAGACGUUUCAGACAGGGUUUGUUGAUUACGCUGGCUUUGAUGCCCGUCCUCUGCUUACUCCCCAUGACGCAGAAAAGAGGGUAAUUAACCUUGGCUUGGAGGACGUCACCGGUCACAUUAUGUCCACCGAGCUGUCAGACGUAGCACCUGAGAUUGAGAUUACAGAUGAACAUGUAGAGACGAGUGAGAAUUUUGUGCAUAUAAACUCCAACGCUGAUUAUGACUUUCCUCCUGAAGCUAGUCAGAGUUUAGUGAAGGAUUUCUGUGAGAAUCUGGUGAAUUUAACACAGACAGGAGAGAAAUUCUCACCAUUGCCUCUUAUUUCAUCUGUGAAGGAAGAAGACGGAUGUUUCCUGCAACUGAAUGAGACCCCGAUUAAAUCUGAGUGCUUUAAUGAACAGACAUCAGAAGGACCGAAUCAGAUUUCAUUCAGUUUUGUUCCUGUUAAAACUCCUGAAAUGGAAUUGCAGAAUUCCAAGUCAACUAAUUUUAACCUUACCUUAAACGACAGGCAAGAAAUUCAUUUAUUUUUGGAAGGCAGCAGUGAAAACACAGCCAUGUUUGUCCAUUCAUCUCGUCAUGCCGGGCUGCACGACCCCAUCGAGAGCACCACAUUGUCCAAAAACAGUUUGCAGUGUGGGAAUGCUCACGUUCCCGCUCACGUUCCCGCUCACGGUCCCGCUCACACUCUCUUAGGGAAGACUGAAAUGCAAAGCUCCUCCCAUCCACUCAGUCAGGAGCUGGUCCCGACUGAUGGAGAUGUUCAGGACAUGCACGUAAUCAGGACUGCAGUGCAGCAGGUAGAGAUCGACUACAAAGAACAAACCGCAUUACCAUUGUUUGAUAUCGGAGAACCAGCACAUGCCUCAAAAGGACCAGACGGCUUUGUGACGAGCAGCCUUCAGGGGUAUAAGAUUGAGGGGUUGCAUGUUUCAGCUACUGGUUGUGAUCUCGGAGCUGAUGGAGUGUGCCCUGUUCCUAAUAUCAGUCCUGAAAACAAAGCUAUUCCUCUUCCUGUAGAACCUGACCAGGUCGACCUUUACGCCAGCAUGCCUUCGUAUGAGAUUCACUUUUUCGACCCAAACGCACUUGCAGUUCCAGUGCAGAAUGAAAACCCACAAAAUCGGACCUCCACUAACGAGUCAGAAAGAGAACGAGGCGUACUAAAUAUGGUUUCUGACCUUCUUGGUAAAUCCGAGGUGAAUUUAGAUUGUAUUGAGGAUGGAGACUGUAGUCGGUUCCUGUCUGUGUGGGCAGGAGAGCCUGAGCUAGCGUCAGCCUGGCGGUAUCGUCUCUCCGAGGACGAGCUGAUGGGACGAGACGGACAGGAUGAGGGCAAAGCUGAUUCAGCUCUCGACUCGUUCACAGAGGCAUACCCGUACAGCCUGUUAGUUUCUGAUGUGGCAUGUGUGUGGGACUGGCAAAAUGCUUACGGGCAUCUUGGAUCCAACAAGGUCUCUGAUCUAAAUCCUAAUGCAAAAGCAUGGGCCAGUUAUACUCCUAACCAGGAAGCAUGUGGAUCCACCUACUGUCUCCAGCCAUGGAUCAACUCCAGUGACACAACAAACACUGGCUCACAAGGACUUGUGCCUAGCAAUGAUUGUGACAAAUGGGAUGAUGUACCACAAGCACCUGUGUCAGUAGGACUGCCAUCAGCAGAGCCACCGAAACCUGUGGACAUGGAAACAGCAGACAAUCAGUUACCCCCUGGCUUACAGCAAGAUCCCAACAAAAAGGGUGGUGAUGGCUUAGAUUCUUCCAAGCAACUAGAAGACCUCCGAGAGCAGCUGAAGGCUACGCUGGAGUUUUGUCUUUCUAGGGAGAAUCUUGCCAACGACAUGUACCUCAUCUCUCAGAUGGACAGCGAUCAGUACGUCCCCAUUGUGACUGUAGCUAAUCUCGAUCAGAUCAAGAAGCUCAGCACGGAUAUCGAUCUUAUUGCUGAUGUUUUAAAGACACUUCCUCUUGUGCAAGUGGAUAAAUGUGGUGAGAAAGUGCGACCCAAUCAGAAUCGCUGCAUCGUUAUCCUAAGGGAGGUUCCUGAAGCCACGCCUAUUGAGGAAGUGGAGUCACUGUUUAAGAGUGAUAAAUUACCCAGAUUUGUCCAUUGUGAAUUCGCCUAUAACGAUAACUGGUUCAUCACAUUUGAGUCGGAAGCAGAUGCACAGCUGGCUUAUCAGUAUCUUCGAGAGGAAGUCAAGACUUUUCAAGGAAAGCCUAUAAAAGCGAGGAUCAAAGCCAAAGCCAUCGCAGUCAACACUUUUGUGCCAAAAAAUGGGUACAGGCCUGUGGAUAUGUCCCCAAACAUGCAGCAGCGCUACACCUCCUACUACGUCCCUCCUGCGUUUGGGGCACAGCAGCAGUUUCCCCCUUUCUACAGACUGGUCACUCACCAGGGCUGGUCUACAACACAGGGCUACUUGGAGCCCAGUUUGGUUACUCCAUUCACUAAUCCUGCAUUUAUCAACGGCUUUGCUGGAUCUCCCACUUUUAAAUCAGCCACUGCACCUUUAACUACCAGAGUUUACCAGCCAAGGAACCGGAACCAGAAUAAGAGCCACUCGCGACCCUCUGCACCAGUCACAGAACGAGGGACUGCUUUGUUGGAGAACCCCAGUUCCUUCACCAACUCCACAGAGCGUGUUCCCAACGGGACCCGAGCACCACACACACAUCAGCCGGGCAGCCAGCCGAGAUUAUCCGGUGCUCAGAGUUACUCUCGCAGGGAGCAGAUUGGGAGCGGACGCAUGGAGAUGAAUGGAGCAGAUUAUUCACCUGUCAUGGGGAGAGGAAGGAGAAAUGGCUACGGCUACAAGAAAAGGAGGGACGAUAAGUUUUCAAAAGCACCCACUCAGUCACCCCCUCCAGCCCAGGAACGUGCCCCGUCUCCAAGUUUCGAGCUGGGACUGUCGAGCUUCCCUCCCCUGCCUGGAGCUGCUAGAAAUCUCAAACCUGAAGUGAAGCCUGAGAACAACCUGGAGAGCCGACUGUCUGACAUUGUGACUGGUGUGGCUAAAGACAAGCCUGUAAAUAAGGAAGCAGUGAGCAGCAGUGUGACUUCAGGAACCCACAGAGAACCGACACAGACUGUUCCCAGUCCUGUUCCUCAGCCUGCAGUGGAACAGCAGAACCCAUUGUCUCCCACCUCCAAACUGAGCUCCUUGAAGGUACCUGAAGUAAAGCUUAAGGAAAUGAUCUCAGCUACAGAGAGGCCUACAGUAACUGACCCUAAAAGUCAAGUCCAGGUUACUCCAACUACAGAGCACAGGAAGCCGAGUUAUGCUGAAAUCUGUCAGAGGAUACGGGAGGCACCGACCCGGGAGGCACCGACCCGGGAGGCACCGACCCGGGAGGCACUAGUUGAGUCCAAGCCAACCGCCACUGCACCUCCUUCCACAGAAGAACCCGCCUCACUCGACUCUGCAGAACCGAAAUGCAGGGAAUCUCGUCCCGUGUCGGCAAAACCUGCUCCCCACCGAGUCCGAGAGGCUUGGAAGUGUCAACAGGGUGCCGGAGACGUAGCACCUCAGUCCUGAGAGCCUGGUCUCGCCUCGGCUCGGCCCGACUCGGCCCGACACGGCUGCACAUGCACAUAAUGAACACUGAAAUCAGGGCCUGCACAUGACGGCACUCAUGGAAGCAUGAGGGUUCUCAGUUCUCUCUACUUUUACCCUGUUUUCAUUUACCACGUGUUUGAGUUUCAUUUAUGAGAUGUGAAGGUUUUUGGCAUCGUUGUUGGACAGUGGAAUACUUCAACUUACAGAGAUGAAGCUUUUUUUUUUCCUUCCAUAUUUUUGCCCAGAUGUUGAGGAUUUUGUUUGUUAAAGACUAAAGUAGUGCUGGUGAAGAGUACAGACUGAAAGUAGUACUGAUCUGAAUAUUCAGACUUUUUGUUUUCUUUCAUACAUCAGAAUGUAUAUAAUUUUGUAACCCCAGUGUACUGGCACUAACACACUGGUCUGGUUCUGUUUCUCUUUUCUACACUGGGCUGAACAUUCGUAGCUGUGAUGCUGGUGUGAUUCACUCUGAUUUGUGUUUAGUUUUUAUUACUUGAGUUGCCACUGGAGUAGAGUUCUGAUCUCUCAUUAUUUUUUUUUAAAACUGGCACAAACAUGAAAAUUUUUCCCCUCUUUUUUUAAUCAUUUGUACUGAUGUGGUAAAGUAGCUGACGUAACUGUUACCUUGUCCUGUGUGCAUGCUAUAUUUCUUUUUUUAACACUUUUAAUAUUUUCUCCCAUUUCUGUAUUGCUUUAGAAGUUUCUGAGGCUGUGUGUAAGAGAUGAUCCUACUGAUGCAUCAUCACAUCUUAAAACAUAACAGUCAAAAAAGGUUUCUGGAUCUGACCUGACUCACACCACACGUUUUCUGAUCUGUCUGUGUGUGUGUGUGUGUGUGUGUGUGUGUGCACACGAUGGUUGGUGGGUGGGUGGUUGUGCAUGUGUGCGUGCGAUGUUUGGUGUGUGUGUGUGUGUGUGCGAUGGUUGCUGGGUGUGUGUGCGCGCGAUGGUUGGUGGGUGU